AUGGGCUCACGCGGCGUAGAAAAGUGGCGUUGGUUGGUGGUAGCCUUAGCGUGGGCAAGCAGUGCUGCUGCAAGAACUUUAUGUCCACCAAGAUGCGCCUGCGACGAUGCUCUGCGAGCAGCCUCUUGCGCAAAUGCUGGCCUGGAAAUAGUCCCUAUUCAACUAAAUCCAGAGGCCACUCAUAUAAAUCUUACUCACAACUCCAUCGACAAUCUUCUUUAUACAUUCGGAUUUUAUACUCAACUUACAAUUCUGGAUAUUUCGUACAACAGAGUACGGGAUUUAGGUAGUAAAAAUUUCGAUAAUAAUUUGGAGAUGACACACUUAAAUGUUAGUCAUAAUGCUCUGAAACAAUUGGACAAAGACACUUUUGUUGGACUUAAAAGGCUUCUCGACUUAGACUUGUCGGACAAUGAUAUUUCAAGUAUACACCCACAAAUUUUUAAAGAUCUAUCUGUAAUUGAAAGAUUAGAUUUAUCAAGCAAUAUGCUUGUUACAUUUGAAGCUGAUACUUUUGAACCCCUUUCAUCAUUGAGGAUCUUAUCACUAAGAAACAAUUCUAUUUUAGAAAUACCUUCCGCUAAUUUAAUAUUUCUCGUACAUUUAGAAUUUUUGGAUCUUUCUGAAAAUCUUAUUCAAGUUGUAGAAAAACAUGGUAUACCGUUCUUAAAAGAAUUAAAGCAUUUGAAUUUAAAUAGCAAUAUAAUCGAAAGUAUUGAUCAAUUGGGUAUGCAUAACUUACCUUCGCUACGCCAUCUGGAUCUCAGUGAUAACAAUUUGACAACAAUUCCAACAUCUGCACUUUCAAAACUUUCAAACUUGUCGCAUUUGUAUUUGAGUGGAAACUUUUUUCAAAACAUUUCGUCGCUAUCUUUCCAAAGUCUCUUCCACUUAAAACAUCUACACUUAAGUAGACUUCAUGAGUUAGAAAAAAUUGAUGCAAGAGCCUUUGUAGACAAUAUAAAUUUGCAAAAAAUAUGGAUGAAUGAAAACCUUAACGUCAGGGAGGUUCCACCGAGAGUAUUUCAUGGAAAUCCAAAACUGACUCAUAUAUACAUAAAAAAUAAUGCCCUGGAGACUCUUGAAGCUUCUCAUUUUCCUAUAGAUACACUGCAAGAACUUGAAAUUUCUGGUAAUCCUUUUGUAUGUAAUUGCUCCAUAUUAUGGCUGUGGAAUCUGGGAAGAGCGUGUGAAAUACCCAGUAAAAAGUCUGACAAUUCAAGUACCAUAUUGAAAAUAGAUUACGAAGAAGUGAAAUGUGCAGCGCCGGCACAUUUAAGUGGUGUUUUAUUUGUACAAAUACCAGAAUCCGAAUUCGGAUGCUCAAGUGGAUGGGUGGUAGUCGCAAUUGUGGUGCUAACUGGGAGUAUCAUUAUAAGUGUGGUCGGUGGAGUUUUAUAUUUCAUGGGUCCGUUAAAAAAGUGCAAAGGCGAUAAAUCUAAACAAGUUAUGAACACUGUCAUGUUGAACGGCGACGUGUCCAAACUAUCGAAUGGUUUAGGAUAUUCAACUCGAACUAGAGAGCCAGAAAAUAAGCGAGAAGUGGAUCGAUAUUUAAUGAUCGGUUCAACAGUUACUAAUAAUUUCCAUUCACUAAAUUCUCCAUGGCAUAGUGUUGAUAAAAGUCCAUAUUAUCAAGAAGAUAGCGAAGAGCAUAUUUACCAACAAUUUGCCUAUGAAACUAUACCCCAUCACAGAACACCAGAAAAACCGCAUAUAGUAUACGUUUAA